ACCCCAAUGACAUCUUAACCUAGCUCUCAGUAUAUUCAUUCCACCAUCUCCUCCCCACCUUCCUCCCCACUACUGAGGCCUGAGGGCAUCCCAUUGCAGAAAGCAGCAGAGUAACUCUGCAACUCUGUGCAACUCUCAGUAGAUGCGGCGUCUCUCAACAUUCCCCUCAUCGUUGCCAAUAUUCCCACUUAUAGCGAUAACCUCAACCAUAAUCCUCCAUGCCCUAAAACCCUCCGUCACCGCCAUCUCGCCGGACGGCCUCGUCCUGCUCGCAUUCAAAUCUGCAAUCUCGGGGGAUCCCUCCUCGGCCCUUGCUUCAUGGGCUGAGGACGAAGAUGAUCCUUGCCACUGGCCCGGCGUUACUUGUGCCAAUCUCUCCUCUUCCCCCGACCCCAACCGCGUGGUAGCUAUUGCCGUCACCGAUAAGAACCUCACCGGCUACAUCCCAUCCGAGCUCGGCUCACUCAUCUUCCUCCGCCGCCUUAACCUCCACGGUAACAGCCUUUCCGGCUCCAUUCCUUCCCAACUCUUCAACGCUACGUCGCUCCAUUCCCUCUUCCUCUACGACAACAACCUAUCUGGCCCCAUUCCAUCCUCCAUCUGCGAACCUCCACGCUUGCAGAAUCUCGAUCUUUCCCAUAAUUCCCUCUCCGGCCAGCUUCCUCGUGAUCUUCGCAGCUGUCACCAGCUCCAGCGCCUCCUUCUUUUCAGUAACGAACUUUCCGGUGAAAUCCCUACCGGCGUCUUUCCUCAGAUAGUCGGCCUUGUUCAGCUCGACAUUUCGUCAAACAUGUUUGAGGGGGCUUUACCCUCCGACAUAGGCGACCUCAAUUCCCUCUCUGGAACGUUAAAUCUCUCCCACAACCGAUUUUCCGGCUCCAUCCCUACGUCCCUCGGCAGACUUCCGCCGGCGGUGAGCCUGGAUCUCCGCUACAACAAUUUCUCCGGAGAGAUCCCGCAGAGCGGGUUACUGGCGAACCAAGGUCCCACGGCUUUUCUCAAUAACCCCGGCUUAUGUGGGUUCCCGCUGCAAAUACCCUGCUCAGGUGGGGGAAGCAUCGCUGCUGCCGCGCCAGAGGGUAGGGAGGGAUCUACUGCGGAGGCGAAAUUGUUGCCGGAGAGAAGCAAAGGACUUCGGCCGGGGCUGAUAGUGCUAAUCACGAUGGCAGAUGCCAUAGGUGUGGCGAUUCUCGGAUUAAUUCUUGUGUACAUUUACUGGAAGGUGAAGGACAGGAAGAGGCACAACGGAUGCAGCUGCACUGGGAAUAGAAAACUGGGCGGAGAGGGAUUCGUUCGUGGUCGCUGGCAAUGCAGGCAUUGCUGGCGAGGAGAUGAAGCAUCGUCAUCGUCGUCGUUGUCUGAGGAAGGCGAGGACGACAUCGACGAAGCCGUGAAGUCGGUUGGCAACGAGGCAGGGGAGGCGAGGCUGGUGUCCGUGGACAAGGGAUUCGAGUUCGAGCUGGACGAGCUGCUUCGGGCUUCAGCAUACGUACUGGGGAAGGGAGGGCUGGGUAUUGUGUACAAGGUUGUGCUUGGGAACGGAGUGCCAGUCGCGGUGCGACGUCUCGGGGAAAACGGAGGGCAGAGGUACAAGGAGUUUGCCGCAGAGGUUCAGGCCAUAGCUAAGGUUAGCCACCCCAACGUGGUGAGGCUCCGCGCAUACUACUGGGCUCAGGACGAGAAACUUCUCAUCUCCGAUUUUAUUUCCAACGGCAACCUCGCCGCCGCUCUCCGAGGAAGAUCUGGUCAAUCAAGCCUGCCAUGGCUAAUUCGGCUCCGCAUUGCGAAGGGCGCAGCUCGCGGGCUCGCCUAUGUGCACGAUUGCAGCGCAAGGAAAUUCGUCCAUGGCGACAUCAAGCCCUCCAACAUCCUGCUGGACAAUAAUUAUAAUCCCUUAAUCUCUGAUUUUGGCCUCACCCGGCUCAUCUCCAUCGCCUUCACCUCUGCCACAAAUGAUCCAACCCUAAGAGUGAUUCCGCCAUCAUCCUCAAGCACGAAGGGUUUCAUUGGCGCCGCCCUCCCUUUAUCUGCUACCACAGCCCGCCCAGCUCUCGACAGACCCAACGCCUACCAGUCGCCUGAGGUCCGCAGACUGCCAUUUGCUCCGCCGACGCAAAAGUCGGAUGUGUACUCUUUCGGCGUCGUGCUGCUUGAGAUGCUAACGGGACGCCGGCCGGAGACCGUGUUUCCCCAAGUGGUGGGCACGGCUGGAGCGGCAGCGUCGACUUCAAGUUGGACGGAGCCAGAGAUUGUUAGGUGGGCGAGGACGUCGUUCGACGAGGCCUGCCCGCUGGCGGAGAGGGUAGAUCCGGUGUUGCUGAAUGGGAUUCGAAGUAAGGAGGUUGUGGCUGCGUUUCAUGUAGCGCUGGCCUGCACUGAAACUGAUCCGGAUGUCCGGCCGAGAAUGAGGACUGUCUCGGACAGCCUUGAUCGAAUUGGGCAAUGAGGUUAGUUAUUUAAAAGAGAAAAGGAAAAUUUAAUUACGUAGAGAUCAUCCGAAAGAUUGAUAUUUUAUA